AUGAACUUGAGUGUGGCACCCUGUGACGAUUUCUACGAGUACGCCUGCGGUAACUUCGAAAACAUAAGGCCGGACCGAUACUCCCGACGGGAAAACCUAGGAAAACCAGGCUACGUACUAGAUGACAUUGCGAAGGAACUGCUGCACAGAAUGGAUCUGGCCGAGUCACUCAAUGUGUCGAGGGAACUGAGGGUGGCCCAACGAUUCUACAACGCCUGCCUGGAGGCUGAUCUCCAUCCGUUUCCUGCUGCCGAUCCGCAUUACCUCAAUCUCAUUCGGUCGAUCGGAGGUUUUCCAGCCGUGGAUGGGGCCGCCUGGAAUGCCUCCAACUUUAGCUGGUUCAACAUGAGCGCCCAUCUCACCAAUUUCGGGGCAAGGGGUAUAUACAAUGAGGUGCUACCAAAGUAUGAGGAAUCUGAAGUGUCUUUCGAGGUGAAUUAUUUGGGGUUCGACGCCAACAUGAAGAAAAACCAAUCCUGGGCCUACAAACGCAACGAGCGACGCAUGCGCGGAUACUUAAGAUCCUUUAACCUCACAGAGGCUAAAAUUGCAGAAGUGAUCGACGGUGUUUUUGAGUUCUGGCGAGAGGCACUAGAGGAGGAGAUGAAAAUUAGUAGGCACGGCGUAGCGUUUGACGUUACUAAUUAUUUCGAGAUCGUCUGGAACCAGAGCGAGAAGCGAAGGUCUUUUAAUCCCGAUUUACAUAUGAGGGAUAGGGUUUGUAUCCGGCACCCUGAGGCUGUGGCCAAUUAUCUGGCCAUGCAGCUGCUCUACACAUUCGAUGCUAGUCUAAAGGAUAUCAAGGACCAAAGAGAUUAUUGUACUACAAAGAUGCGAACCUCCAUGUGGCCUCUGUUCAAGAAACUCCAUUUGGCGGAGAGCUUUGGCAACAGAAAGAGGUCGGAAGUGCUUGAAAUUGUGCAGGAAGUCCGAAAUAGCUUGCGAACUUUAGUUGAGAAAGUGACUUGGUUGUACUCGGAAGAGCAAAAGAAGGCACUGCUCCGCGUGUCCUCCACAGAGUUUCAUUUCGGCUCACCUGCGGAAACCUCUCUUACCAACCAGCAAAUCCCGGAGAUUCUCCGCCUGGAAGUAGUCGACGAUAGUUACGCCGUGACCAAUAUGAAUUUGCUCCGCCUUCAAGUCGACAUCCAGCGUUUCAGCACCCGCCACCCAAGGGAACACGUUAACAACACUAAGCCGUGGGAGGCGAUUUUUGGAAUUGAUAAAAGCAUUACAAAUGACAAACCGAUCGUCGAAAUCGAUGCCGGCUUGCUCGAGGCUCCUUAUUACCACCGUUCAUGGCCGCAUUCCAUGAAAUUCGGAUCCUUGGGUUUCACGGUUGGCGAGCAUCUCACCGAUUUCCUUCUUUGGCCUUCCUUCAAUAAGUUGGAUCUGCUAUAUAAGGACUGCCGGUGGAAUAACUUCAGUAAGCAGAUCGAGUCGAAGCUUAUCCGCCAACUCUAUUUAUAUAUCGACAGCGGGGGAUUGAGGUCGGCAUUUGAGGCCCAUCGCAGCCACAGGAUACAGACUCUGGAGGAUCCUGAACAGAAGAUGCCAGGACUCGACCUGCUGCCAGAUCAGCUCUUUUUUCUGGGACUUGCUCAGACGAUUUGUUACGAUUUGAGGGCGGCCGACUGGAAUCGCCUGCCGAAAUACAAACUUCUGAGUGACUUAACCAACAGCGAGGACUUCAUGCGGGCCUUCAACUGUCCCGUGGGAUCUGGAAUGCUUCCUACGAACCAAACUUGCCAAGUGUGGUAA